AUGGCGAAUCCCAACCCUUUGGUUCCGCACCAGAAUCAUGCUGUUGACUUCAAGCUGGAAAACCUGCUGACCAGAACAUGGGAGAACGGGAUGACAGGCCAGCAGUCUAUCGACAAGAUACGUGAGAUCAUCGCCAACAAGGGAGUGACCAUGGAUCGCGAGAGCGUGCCAGAGGACUGGGAGGACGCUCUGUUGCUUCGGUUCUUCAUAGGGUUCAAGAAGAACCCUCAAACCGCAGCAGAUGCUGUGAUAGAGAUGCUUGACUGGCGUACCAAGAACAACAUCAACGAUAUCCGAAAGAAGAUAAUGGGAGGGUUGAAACCAGAGCAGUUCCCCCGCUACGAGACUGUUCGUCGAUUUUACCCGCUGCUGAAGACAGGGAAAGACAAGAACGGCAGCCCCAUCAUGAUCACGCUGACGGGCCUGAUUGAUCCUGCAAAGCUUGUCAAGGCCGUGACCCUGGAAGAGAUUCGGCUCUACAUCAUAUACGAGAUGGAGCACAAGCUCAUUACGCUGUCGCAGCUGACGGCGGAGACCGGCAUCAUGUUCCGUGCGCUGGAGAUCCAUGAUCUCAAGGGGCUGGGGAUGCAUCACCUUGCCACAGGGCCCAUUGGGAUGCUGCGCAAGGUGGUCCGUGAGGUGUCAGCAAACUACGUGGAGAUGGCAGACAAAGUUCUCAUCCUCAACUGCCCGUUCGCCACAGUCGUGAGAGGAGUCUUGCGUCAAGUGGUUCCAGCACGAUCCCAGCACAAGCUUGCAGUUCUCGGAUCGAGGGAAGAGUAUGAAGCAAUCCUCGUCAACCAUGCCGAUAAAGAUCAGUACCACGCUUGCCUGUUCGGAGGGGCGUUGCCUGAAGGAUUAGAAGGAGGAGAAGAUGAGAUGGAGAAGUGGGCAAAGGUCACCGUCCCAGCCAGAGACAAGAAAGUUGUGCAGGCUACAGUCAGGGCUGGGCAGACUCUGUUAUGGUGUGCUUGUCCCGAUGCGUUGGACGUCGGGCUGCAAGUGAAGUUCGUUGCUGCUGCAAGCUCCAAGUCAGAGAUCCUCUUUGAGUCGGGGAGCGAGAGGGUAGCGGCGCUACAGAGGGGAAGUCUCCAGUGUGUCGAGGACGGAACAGUCUACAUGACCCUGGACAACAGCUACUCCUACAUGAAGCAGAAGAUUGUCUCGUACGACUUUGAGAUUCUGGACAUUCGGCUUCAAGGUUCACAGUCGAGCGAUGAAUUGCCCGCUGAUUCUCCAUCGGAUCAAUGAAAAAGUCUGCAUCCGAUGGGGCGGUGGAACUCGCAACAGACUUGAAUACAGGAGAGGAGCAAGACAGAAGAAAAGCACGAGGAAGUUUGUUAAGCAAGAAGUGAGGGAGUGAGCGCAGGAGGAGGGAGGACAGAGGAGGACAGAAGGAACACUGGAGAGAACGAGAGGAGAGUGGGAAGGGAUGGCUGACACUACAAACACCGCCUUAAGGUUUCAAGUUUUUCCUUGCAUGAAAGUGAAGCACCUUUCUAACAAG